AUGUGGCGCAUGCGUGGUUGCGCCACCAGGCGCGGGAGAUACGGCAGCGGGGACGGCGUCGGGGAUAGCCGCGGGCCAGGCCGCCCCGGCCGGGUCUGUGACAGUGGCGACAGCGGUGGCGGCGUGGGCUGGCGAGGCCGUGCGGGCGGCGCCCGACAGCAGCUGGAGGAACGGUUCGCCGACUUGGCGGCGAGCCACCUGCAGGCCAUCCGCGCGCGGGACGAACGGGACCGGCAGAACGCGCGGCUGCGCGAGGAGAACGCCAGGCUGCGGCUCGAGAACCGGCGGCUGAAGCGCGAAAACCGCAGCCUCUUCCGUCAGGCUUUGCGGCUCCCUGGCGAGGGCGGCGACGGGGCGCCCGCGGAGGCGACCCUAGGCCCCGAGGAGGCCGGCACGAACCGGAUGGCGAGAGGCAGAAGCCGUGAGGAAGAGCCGGGCAGCCCCAGGGCCCUGAGGGCCCGGCUGGAGAAGCUGGAGGCCAUGUACCGCCGGGCCUUGCUGCAGCUGCACUUCGAGCAGCGGGGGCCGCGCCCGCGUUGGGACAAGGAGGAGCUGCCCCCGCGGGAACCCGACUCCGGCCUCCUAGCCCGGGACCCCGAGCCUGGCGGGCCCUGGCUGUAGCUCGAGGCUGCGGCAGGGAGGGGCGGGGCCUCGCGCGGGCCCCUCCCCUCCGCUCCUCCUCGCCCCUCGCACUCCGGGGGCCGCGCUCCGCUCGCGGUAACUGGAGCGCGGUGCUCUCCCGCCCCCUGUCCGCAAGCGGACGCUUCCGGGUGGCGCUUCGCGUUCUGCCCGGCCCAGGGCGAGAGUGUGUAAGGGCAAUCUGUUGUCCCCGCAUGGACAGAGCACCUGCCUCGUGCCUCUCCUGGUUUCCGCGGAGAGAGGCCUAGCACCGGAGGGGCGGGUUUAAAACAGCAAGAUCUGAAUGCCACCAAACACCUCCUGAUUCUUGAACUUUUCUAGGUGGUGUGAGGACCUUCUGUGUUUUCUUCCCUCUAGUUUGGUUCUUUGAGGGAUGAUAAUGCGUUUUGAGUAGGUUUACUUUUUUGUUCGUUCUUCAGUCCGCUGAAGCCUCCAGCUGUUAUCUCUGAUGUGGCCAACGUUUUAUUUGUUUUUAUAAGUCGGUAUUACUUGGAUGUCCUGUAAAGAACUACCUUUUUAUAAAGAAGAUAUUUAUAACUUUGGAACUCAUGUCUGCCUCUGGCUCCAGUCUGUAUACAUCUAAUAUAUACGAUUUGUUUAUAUCGUAUUUAGGGAAUUUUUAAAGUAUUUGCCUGUAGGUGAUCCUUUGAAUUGGUAAAUAAAUCUGGUUCAUUAAAAAUAA